CGCGACAAUGAAGCCGAAAGGGCCGAAAGAUCCGGAGGUUGAAGGUAAAACUGAUUUGUAUUACCCACCAAGGAGAAAAAGGAGGGAAGAUGAAUUGAAGUUAGACCAGGCUUUUCCUUUAACAGACAAUGAUGAUCCUGAUAAUGAGUGAUAUCAAUACUUGAAACAAGUAAAUGAACAAGCAGUACAUAUCGAUCAGCAACUAGAAGAAAGAAAGCAUGAAGAUUAUGUGUUGAAUACCACUCCUUAUGUCCUUCCAAAGAAAGUGACCCCGAUCCUAUCCAAAGGUGUUGGGCUAUCUGAUUGAGACGAACAAUGGAAGAAGGAAACUCUCCUUCAUUACAACGAGUGUCAGAGAACUUUACUCAUGAGGAGAGAUGAAAUAAAAGAAAAUUAUCCUGAAUGAAUGUACCAAUGUGACCAAAGCUUGGAAUCUUUAGUCCAUAAUCAAGCUAUUGAGGGAGUAGAAGAAGUUGAAGAAGUUACUUCCAAAAGCAAGUACAAAGCUCCUUCAAUGGAUGAUGUUGCAAGGUGAUCUGAAGGGUUCCUUCAUUACUGCAUCAGAUAUGUCUUAGACUUAAUAGAAGAAGAAUGCAGUAAAGAGAAAAAAAUUCCCCAAGAAAUCCAACUUUGGGUUUACUACUUCCUCAUCAUGAUGGAGAAACCCCUCAUCCCUGAUCUCGCAGCCGAUCUCAACGAGCUUCUAGGUAUCUACGAAGAAUUCAAUGACCUUCAAAAAUCCGAAAAAAUGAGUGACUCAAAACCAGACUACACAAUGUACGAUUCCACAAUCCUCAUAAUCACAGAGCACUUUGGCCAAAAAUUUCAAUAUUAGCAAAAA